AUGUUUAGCCGACUUGUCCGGCCGGGCGCUUUGCGCGCGGCUUCGCUCUCUCAGACAACUACCUCCGCCCUCUCACGCUUCCAGGUCCGUGGCCUUCACGCCAUCCCUCAAUUACAGCAUGAUGCUACUUUCCGAAAGGAUGGUAUCUCGGAAUUCAUGUCUCCGGAGGCCUUUAACUUUGCCUGGACCGAUUACCAGACCCAUCUCGUGGACAAGCUGAACCUGUUGACAGAAGACACCGUGGAUGCGAACACCAAGCCCGGAGAUUUGCUGGUCAAGUACUCCAAGCGCCCGGAGAUGGCCUCUGUCUUCAACUAUGCCUCAAUGGCUCACAACAACCACUUUUUCUUCAACUGCCUGGCCCCAACUCGCACUGAGAUCCCCGAGAAGUUCGCUAUGAGCAUCGUCGACACCUGCUCCUCCGUGGAAUCCCUGAAGUUGGACUUCCUAGCCACCGCCAACGCCAUGUUCGGCCCCGGCUUCGUCUGGCUCGCCAAGAACCUUGAGCGCGAGGGCCUGUUGCAGAUCUUCUGUACCUAUAACGCGGGCUCGCCCUACCCGGCUGCCCACGCCCGGCGGCAAUCUGUCGACAUGGCCACCGCAUCACCCGCAGCAACCGGAAACCAAUUCGCCGGCUCGAUGGGCGCACACGCACAGAACCAGAAAGCCCUCGCACCCGGCGCGGUCGACCUGCAGCCCAUCCUGUGUGUCAACACCUGGGAGCAUGCGUGGAUGAUGGACUACGGUAUCCGUGGAAAGGAAGAGUACUUGGAGCGCUGGUGGAACCGAAUUGACUGGGAAGUUGUCCUGCACAACCACGAUGCCGUUGGCACCUUGAGGUCUGCGCGGAGUUCGAUUGCCCGUAGAUUUUAA